AUGUUUCUUCUUUCCAAAUGGAAACCUGCAUCCCUCGAGUGGGAUGCUCGGAUUCCAUUGGAAGCUUCCUUCAAGGCCUCGGCCAUGUGGUGGGCUUUGGAGGCCAAUGUUUUGAAGGGCGUCUCUCUUCAGAGAGCGUCCCCUACAGUAACUCUGUAUACGGACGCAUCUAUGACGGGUUGGGGUGCCUACCUCAACAGUCAGUGUCGUUCAGGGGUCUGGCAGGGGGCUCAACUCCAGGAACACAUCAAUGUGCUGAAGAAGAGAGCAGUUCUGCUAGCCAUUCAGUCCCUACAGCCUCUGCUGCAGGAUCAGUCCAUUUGUCUGGCUACAGACAAUGCUACAGUAGCAGCUUAUUUGGAGAAUCAGGGGGGUACAAAGUCUCACAAGCUAUGUGCUCUCACUAUCAGGAUUCUUCUUCUUUGUCAGGAUAUAGGUCUGUCCCUCUCAGUGAGGCAUCUUCCAGGGCACCUGAAUGUUUUAGCAGACACGCUAUCCAGAUCACGGAGUCCAGUUAUCACAGAAUGGACCCUGAGCAGGUCUAUAUUCAGGGCCAUCUGCAUAGUUUGGGAGACUCCUCUUGUAGAUCUGUUUGCCACAGCUCUGAAUUUCCAGAUUCAGACGUUCGUGUCUCCAGUUCCGGAUCCUUUGGCUUGGGAAGUAGAUGCUCUAUCCCUGAGCUGGGAGGGUCUUCUGGCAUAUGCCUUCCCUCCAUUCAACCUCCUGGACAGGGUACUUCACAAGGUCAGGAAUCACGAUUGCUCGGUUCUCCUGAUAGCACCUCUGUGGCCCAGACAGCCUUGGUUUCCGGCUCUUCUGGAUUUGCUGGUAGAUCUCCCCUUGGCCAUUCCGGCCAGGUGGAAUCUCCUCAGCCAGCCCAAAUCCAGACAGUUUCACCCCAAUCCAGGGACACCUACACCUUCACGCGUGGAGGCUAUCUCGGUCUGUCUCUUGCAGGCAGGCUUUUCUGCAGAAGUUACCGAUGGCAUCACAAGAUCUAUUCGAUCUUCCUCAUCUGCCAUCUAA